UAUUUUUUCCAAAAUUUAUGCAAUCAACGCUUUUAUUUGAGAAUUAAAUUCAGUAGUUCAUGAACUCCCCACGUAAUAUAGAUUGAUUUGCUUACUUGCAUGAACGUAUGGUUGGAGUCCAUUAAAAAAGAAGAGGAAAUAGUAAACGUCAACUAAAAUCAAAAUCGCUUGAGUAUAAAACUACUUUUAAAAUGAGUUUGCUUGCUGAAGUUUUAUUUUCAGCAGAAAAAAUAGAAAUAGAUCAGAUCAAUCAAAAGGUACCAGAAUUGAAAUUGUCUAUUGAGAAGAUAAAAAGUGAAUUAGUUGAAUAUACUGAUAAUGUAUACAUUAAAUAUAGUGGACGUCCAAAAGAAAAUCGAAGUUUACUUCGUACAGCUCAUAAUCUUGAAGAGGAAAUCGGUACGUUACAUAAGCAUGCGGAAAAUGUUACAAAAAAAGAACUCCUAAAAUCAAAUAAAGAACUUGGUGAACAUAUAGAUACUUUGAAAACAAUCGACCUCAGUUUAAAGCUGGUAUUGAAACUUUGUGAAGUAAACGAGAAGCUAAUAGAAUAUACAACUCUGCAAACUCGUAAAGAAUACUUGAAGUGUAAACAGAUAAUAUGCUAUCUAGAAGAUACCUUAGAUGCAAUUCCACAGGAUGAACAAUUACAAAUUGUGGAAGAACUAAAAGGGGUCGUUAGAGAGAGGAGAAUAGGUCUAAUAAAUGAAAUUGAAAAUGUAUUCAAACAAAAAAUUAUCAUAGACAAAGAUGAUAGUGUAGCUACCAUUAAAAUUAUAUCUGUAACUGACUCGUUGGAACAAGCACUUUUAGCAAUGUUUUAUAAUGAAUCUGUAAUUUUUGUACUCAGUAAUUUAGCAAAAUUUUUAUGGAAUAACUUUUUUAUACCUAUUGUCGACAAUAUUGUUGAUAUAAAAUGUGAGCAAAAUGAAAUUUAUUUUCUAAUCAAAUUAGAGAUUAUAGAUAAUAACAAAAAAUCUGUUUAUAAUGAAGUAUUUUCAAAUUUAAAAAUUUUACUAGAAUUCCUUGAAAACUUAAAUUUUCCUCUAAGUUCUACUUUCACAACUUUAGAGUAUAUUGGUUGUGAUAUUAGAGACAACCUAUCAGAAUUACUUAUAAAGCAUUGCUUGGAAGAUACAAUUCCUUCUACAGUUGAAGGUUUAAAAAAUUAUAAAGUAGUUAUAGAAGAAACUGAGAAAUUAGAAGAGACUUUAAGACAACAUAAAAUGUUUGCUGAAAACACAACAUCGCUCAUAGAAUAUGCCAGCAAUAUUGACAUUCUGUUUAUCAAUAAAAAAUGUAAAGAAUAUUCUGUAGAGUCUGAACAGAUUAUGAAAAAAGAUUUACAUAACUUAACAGAAGUUGGAGUGCCUUAUAAUCCAGAUAAUCCAUUGGGUUGUGAAGUAGAUCAAUUUCUACAAUGUUGUGUGUCAAAAAAUGUUUUAGAAUUAUUGAACUAUUGCGAAAAGAUAUUACAAACAGCCAUUAAGGGAACUGAUGUAAAUGCAGGUAGACUGUUAGUAACUGUACAGAAUAUUUUUAGAAAUUAUACAAAAUUUGUGCCUGAAUAUCAUAACAAAAUGCUAAAGACCAUUCCCCAACAAGUAGCACUAUUCCAUAACAAUUGUUUGUAUAUUAGUCAUAAACUGACUGAAUGGAAUGGUAUUUAUUUGAUGAAACUUCCAUCUACUCUAAAUAUUUCUAGUAUAGAUUUCGAAGUAGAAAUAUGCCAAUUACGACAAACAGGUUCAGAGUUAUUUAGUUCAUAUGUCAAAGGACAAAUUAAUCAGAUCAAUGAAAUAAUGAAAGGUAGUGGAUUGGUUGGUGAUAUAAUAAAAGAGUUGCAACCAGUUACUGAAAAAUGUGUCAAACAAUGUCUUAGACAACAAGAAUUAUUAAGAACUGUUUGGCACAAAGUGUUAUCCUAUUCUAUUUAUAAUAAAACAAUAGGAAUAAUACUGAACUCUCUCUGUAAUUGUCUGAUUAAAUCCAUUACAAAUUUUAAUGAUAUAUCUUCGGUUGUGGCAGAGCAGUUAGUUGAAGUUAUCCAAAUUGUUCUUAGUAGGGGACCCAAAUUGUUUACUAAUAGCAGAGAAAUCAGUAUCUAUGUUCCUUUAUGGUACAAAUUGAACGAAAUCAGUUUUGUGUUAAAUUCUAAUUUGAUUGAUAUAAAUGAUAGGUGGGCAGAUGGGAAAGGACCUUUAGCUUUACAGUUCAAACCUCUAGAGCUGAAAAAACUUAUUAUAGCUUUGUUCAAGGCGUCUGAUAGGAGGGACGCAAUGUUGGCUAAGAUUCAAGAUUAAGUUUUUUACAUCUUAUUGCUAUUAUAUAUUUUGAUAAAUUUGUAAUUUCUAUUAAAAAAAUUGUUUUAAUAAAAUACAUUUUAUUUCA